AUGUUCGAUGAUGAUUCUCCCUUCGCUGAAAGACCAGAAAAGAGAGCAUUAAGACUCGUCGGUGUAUUAGGACCAUUUCUUCAUAUUCAUAGAAAAUUGAUCAAAGAAGCAUAUGAUCAACGAAAAAUUACAAUCUUACAUUCUCCAUUAUCAUGCUUUAUUAUUAAAUUUCGACUUGCAUUAGGUGAAGAUGAACUAGCAGAAUAUACAAUGUCCCCUACAGACUUAAAAGGCACAGCUUCAGAUUUUCAUCAAUUAUUACUUUUCUCAUAUCCUGUUGAAGUACCAGAACAAUUCUUUAUUCUCGAUGAUUUCAAUGUUGUAAUUACACUCACACAUAAAUUAGAGGAUUUUGAUUCUGUUUUUGUUGCAAGAGGAAAAGUAAAUCAUUUAUUCGGUGAUGUUAUCUUUACUUUAUCAGAUGGAAAAGAUACAAAAGUAGAUAGAGCUAUCAUUACUGACUUAUUAAAGCAUCAUAUCAAUGAUUUAUCAAUACCUUUGUAUAGAUCUCCUUCUCCGAUGCUCAGUGAUAUAGCAUCACAAUCAGUAGACUUGUUUUCUGGCUUAGCACAAAUGGAAACAACAAUGCCAUACGUUGGAGAUUUAGAAAAGUAUUCAGGAACGGUAACGAACACAUUCGCAUGCAUUGUUACAUCACCUGCUCAGGGAAUAUCAGCCCAAGAGCUAGAUUGGACAAAAUUCAGACGUCCAAGAUUUUUCAAAGAUAAUUCAACUCCAACAUAUGAUAAAGUACCACAUCUCAAACAGAUCAUCAAUUGUCCAUUCAUUUCUGGUAUGACUGAUGCAGAUUUUGAAGCUCUAAAAGAAUAUCCAAAAUAUGUUUCAACAUUUCCUUCAGGAUUCUUAAAACUAGCAUCACGAGACAUGUUUGUAUCAUCACCAGACCUUCCUUUCAGUAUUGCUUUAUACACAUUGACUUUAGAAGAUCCAACACAAUACAUUUGUCGACAUGCGACAAAUUGUCUUUACAGAGCCCCAUUAAAUGUUGUCAAAACAUUUAUUCCAUGUGUUGUUCAAGUUGCCAUAAUCUCUAAAGAAGCCAAAGACUUUCUUCUUGACAAAUGCGCCGAAGAUGAUGAAAUUUGUGUCUCAACAUACUGGAAUUUGAUGCUAGAAUCGGAAAACAAAGCCCAAGGAUCGAUGGCCCAGCGAAUUCUAGCUGAUCUCCUCAAAGUUGUAAAUAAAGAAAUUAUUGCUGACAUAGAAGUCGGAAGAAAGGAGCUUGAUAGGCUAAUGGAGAUUGUAAAAGGUGUUAAAACGGUCCCAAAGGACUCUCAGAUCAAUUUCUUGAAGGAAAAACUUGGAGAUGGUCAUGUCUCAAAACCAUUCAGACUUCCGAUCAUGCCGUCCUUUAUUGUGCAUUCAAUAAGCUUAGAAAACAUCAUCGUUUUCGGUUCCAGUUUACAACCUGUUAAAUUUGAUUUUCUCAACGACAAAAAGCAAGUUUACUCGGCCAUCUUGAAGUACGGUGAUGAUAUGAGGCAAGAUGCAUUAGCUCUUAACACUAUAAAGUUUAUUGAUGAUCAUUUAAAGGGUUAUGGAUUAGAUUUGUGCAUGUCACCGUAUAAAGUGCUUCCAAUUUCCAAGGUUUUCGGUAUGAUGGAAUUUAUUGUUGGUGCCAAAGCUGUUUCUAAAGUUUUGGAACAAAACAAUGAUAGCAUCUCAGAAUUUUGGGACAAAAGUGAAGGAGAUAUGCCUAGGCAAAGGUUUAUUAAGUCUAGUGCGGCAUAUUCUGUUGUUUCUUACGUGUUAGGAGUUGGAGAUCGACAUUUAGAUAAUUUAUUAGUGUCGAAGAAAGGAAAUUUCCUACAUGUAGACUUCGGAUACAUGUUUGGAAUUGAUCCUAAGUUUGUUCCUGUUACUGUUCGUGUUGUAGAGCAAAUGACUAACGCAAUGGGACCAGAUGGAACAAAUGAGUUCUUAAGAUUGUGUUCUGUUGUUUUCGUUGCUGUUAGGCAUAUUGCAGACGAGCUUUGUUGCAGUUUGGCAAUGAUGAUGAAGGCUGAUUUGCCUCAUUUACCAAAAUCUGCAGCUGUUUUAUCUAAAACAAUGCUUCAGAAACUUGCAUUGGAUAUGAGUGAUGAAGGAGCUGGAGAUUUGAUAAGACAAGAAGUUAUUGAUGCAAUCACGGCAUUAAGACCAAUGUUUGCGGAAUAUAUUCAUAGAUUUGUUCAGAAAUUAUAA